UCUCCCCUCCGUCCACCUCACAGAGCUCACCAGUGGGCUGGCACUCUUCUCUGUAACUGGAGCAGGCUGGGUGCAGGAGGGCUGAGGAGAGCUGGAAGAAUGAGUGUGAAGCUGUGCACCCUCCUGCUCCUUGCCCUCCUGUGGAAGGUGGCAGUGCCCAUCAGCUUCCGUUACCACCGCUACACCGAGCUGAUCCAGGCUCUGUACAACGUCCACAAUGCCUGCCCCUACAUCACCAGGAUCUACAGCAUUGGCAGGAGCCACCAAGGGAGGCAUCUCUAUGUCAUCGAGUUCAGUGACCACCCUGGCAUCCAUGAGCUGUUGGAGCCGGAAUUUAAGUAUAUUGCAAACAUGCACGGCAAUGAGAUCCUGGGGAGGGAGCUGCUCAUUCAACUUUCCGAGUUUCUGUGCGAGGAGUAUCGAAACGGCAAUCAGCGGAUCAUCAGCCUAAUCCAAAACACCAGGAUACACAUCAUGCCUUCUAUGAAUCCAGAUGGGUACGAAGUAGCAGCUGACCAGGGGCCAGACACCAAUGGAUAUUUGACCGGGAGAAAUAACUUCAAUGACGUUGACCUGAACCGGAACUUCCCUGACCUUAAUAUGGUCAUGUACUACAAUGAAAAGAACGGAGGGCCUAGUGACCACUUACCUCUUCCUGACAACUGGAAGGAACAGGUGGAACCGGAGACGCUCGCCACCAUCCUCUGGAUGGACAGUUACAAUUUUGUCCUUUCAGCGAAUCUUCACGGAGGAGCUGUUGUCGCAAACUAUCCAUUCGAUAAAACGAAGGACUUUCGGAGCAGAGGUUACCGCCGCAUGACGAGCUAUACCGCCACCCCUGAUGACAAGAUGUUUAAAUCGCUUGCAAUGACAUACUCGUAUUCCCAUGGCUGGAUGCACCAUGGCUGGAACUGUGGAGACUACUUCCCCAGUGGAAUCACCAAUGGAGCUUCUUGGUAUUCUCUUUCUAAAGGUAUGCAAGACUUCAAUUACCUUUAUAAGAACUGCUUUGAAAUUACACUGGAGUUGAGCUGCAACAAGUUUCCGCGUGAGGAGGAGCUGGAAAGGGAAUGGUUCGGUAACAGGGAGGCUCUCAUCACAUUCAUAGAACAGAUUCACAAAGGAAUUAAAGGGGUGGUGACAGAUGAGAAUAAUAAUGGUAUAGCCAAUGCGGUCGUCUCAGUUGCAGGCAUAAACCAUAACAUCUUUUCAGGUGAGGGAGGAGAUUAUUUCCGCCUGUUAUUACCGGACACGUACACAGUAACAGUGUCAGCAGAUGGGUACUAUGCCAAGACCGCAACUGUAGUAGUUGGACCAGAUGAGGCCAUUGUGCUUAAUUUCCAGUUAAAGAAGGAGAAAGUGUCGUCAAGUUCAAGGGAAAAGCUGCCUUCAAGAAACCUAAACUCAAAGAACCAUAUAAAAAAGAUCGCUCCCAGAUCAGUCAACAGAAGGAAAGGGAGAUGAACGCGUCUCGUGGUUACAGGGAGGCUAAAAGAGCCUUCAAUUUAAAGUAAUUCCAUACUUUAAAAGGACUUGAGGUGCCAGUAGACCGCAUUAAAACCUAAGACAGAAAAUCUAAGAUUUUUAAGUAUUAAGCUAUUUUAUAACAUGUAUUUAUGUCAGAAGAAAUAUUACAAUGUAGGUUUAAUCAUUCCAAAAUGGCAUUAUAGUAUCAAUAGAGAGGACGUGUUGUUCCUAGUCUGUACAUAUAGCAGAGCUUAUUGUAUCGCAAGUCACACUCUUCUGUUAAAGGGGUUGUCCCAUCUGGACAUUCAUGGCAUAUCCACAGGAUAUGAGAUAAAUUUCCAGCCGGUGUGGGUCCCAUCUCGGAGACCCACUUCUAUUUCAAGAAUGGAGUCCCGCCAUGCGCUGUUUGGGAACAUAAAGAAGGCCGCGCGUGUGAGGCUCUCUCCAGUCACUGCUAUGGGACUUUUGGGGUCUGGAUGAGCUGGGUGACAACCACAGUGGAAGCCUUAAUGCUGCCUAUAGUUGUCACCCAGCUGUCUCAGUAACAGAUAUUUUUUUAAAAACUUGACAGGCUACAAUUCAUUUAUAUGGUGCUCAAGGUCAACCCAUCCCAUGACGUUUGUCCAUUCACCUGCAUCUUCCAUAUAUCAUUGCACAGAUACAGACGGGUAAUGAGCCUUUUGCAUGACUUUUUGUAUAUGGGAACAACUAUGCAACAUGCACAGAUCAAUCCACAUGUGAAUAAAUAAAAGAAUAUUGGGUUUCUUAUUUA